GGACAUCGAGCAACACAUUGCAACCAUAAAGAUCGACCUAUGGUGGAAAUCAAGAAAAAAGGACGACCAGCCACUCAAUGCAAACGCUGUCGCGAGCUUCGGUUAAUACGACAACUUCAUGUGAAAUGUAAUUGCAACGAUGAAAAGGUGACAAAAAAAUCAAGACUAUCGAAUUUUACAGCUACUGGUAAGCAAUGGUUUAUGAGAAAAUGGACUUUUUUUUGUGUAGAAAUAAAUUGCUCUCUCUUUUUUUUUCCCCCUUAA